AUGCAUCGUAAUUUGCCCCAAAACAAAGAAGCUUUGCUUAAAUCAUACACAACAAGGCUUAAAGAAGAUGUUAAAAGUAUGCUGGAAAAUUUUGAAGAAAUAAUUAAGCUCGCUAAAGGUGAAAAUGAAUCUCAACUUAACAGGAUGACCCAAAUAGAACAAGACACAUUUGAAAUGCAAGUCCGGGCAGCAAAUAUAGUCAGAGCAGGGGAGUCUUUAAUGAAGCUAGUAUCAGAUAUUAAACAGUAUUUAAUCUUAAAUGACUUUCCUUCUGUAAAUGAAGCUAUUACACAGAAUUCAAAACUGUUUAGAACUAAACAACAAGAAUGUGACCAAAAGCUCAUGUCACUAAGGGAUGAUAUAGCAGCCGAUCUUUACGAUUUAGAAGAUGAAUAUUUUACUAGUAUAUAUAAA